CCCUUUAAGAUGCGUCGAUCAUUCCGCCCAGAAUAGUGUUCAGUGUGUCGGCCUAUGGAUUGGAUGUUUUGUUUGUUUUUUCCCCCUUUCUUUUCUUUUUAGUGGAUCUGAUCUAAUCCCUGUUCCAACCAGCUGGGAGAGAGAGCAACGCAUUUAAAGUCGGCCGAAAAUCCCAGGGAGGAACUGGAAAGAGCAGAGGGAGGGAGGCGGAAAUCAGAGGCGAUCCCUUUAAGAGCAAGUGGGACAUAGCGGUGCGAGAAAAGGAGAGGAGGGGGAGAAGAAAGAGGAAUUAAAAAAGAAAAGGAAGAAAGAGACGGGGAGGGAGGAGGGAGAGCGGGCGAUAAAAAAAGAAAGAUGACAUCCUCGCUGCUGAACGGCCGAGGUGAGGAGCGAGGCUGCGGCCCGGAGAGAACGCCUCCAGCUGGGGUCAGGGCUUGACUCGACAGCGAGGCUUCGACUUACACCCAAGAGGCCUAUCGAGGAACCCGGACAAAAAGACUCAGAAAUUCUCCAAACUAAGCAUGCCCUGCUGUGCUUGUAGAUGCGGUUAUUACCACCCAUACUUGUUAUGCAGCCUAAAUUAAUUUUUCACGUUACAGUUAUUUUAUCCUAAUUUACUAGAUCAUGGCUUUAGUUAGGUUUUAGGCCAAUGUUAGUAGUGAUUUGGCACGUUACUUAUUACGAUUUGUGUUGUUUUCAUGAAACUUGGAAAAACAAAAGUGAGAGAGAAUAACGCUAUUACAGUGGCCCAGUGCUCUGCAGCCUACGUUUAAACAACAGCUGCGUGCAUGUAAUUGACUGCAGCUACCUCAACGACUAAAACAUAUCUUCCCAGACGACUUUAUUCAUUAGUAAAGCCACGGAAUUGUCGGUUCUACUGCUGAAUGGAGAGUUUUUAGGCUUCCGUUUUCAGUGGACGAGGGAUAUUCAAUGCAAUUCUCUUGUAAACUCAAUCAGAAGCGAACCCAAUAAUCUCCGUCGUUGUGGCGCAAAAUGGAUGCUGCUUGGAGCAAUUUUCUCUUCCAGAAUACUCCCACCCAAAAUCAAGGGGAUGGGAGUCUCCAAUCAGAGCUUAUGCCAGCGCAGACGAGUUCUCCCCAAACCCCACCCACAGACCACAUAGCGCAGCCUCCCUCCACUGUGGACACUGCUGCUCUCAACGAGGAACCCAUGCCAGUGAAGCCUGUGUCCCGUCCAGCACGUGUCGCCCACAUUUGUGCCAUUUGCAACAAGCAGUUCAAGAACAACUACAACCUGAGGCGGCACCAGUCAGUGCACACUGGGGUACGCAUGAAGGACAGGGCCAGAGAGCAAGCGGAGGGAGCAAAAGAGGCAGUGGUGGGCCAGGUGGCAGCGGUCGUCCCGUCGGUGGUAGCGGUGGGGGGCGAAGGGAGGACGGAGAGGACCACAGUGCCCCUGUCCCUGCUACACCUCUCUGUACCUCCCACACUCGACCCUCCCGAUGUGCUGACGGGAGUCCAGCACCCCACCCUCAUUAGUCAGGAUGGUGAAGGGGUUGCCAUUGCAAACGUAGUGGCCAAUAUAAAUCCCCAUGCUCCGCCUCCUGCUGCUGUCGUCAUGGCCACAGGGACGACAGUACAGCGUCCAACAAAUGCAAACCCGACACCAGUGAAGAAGAACCAUGCCUGUGAGACUUGUGGAAAGGCGUUCCGUGAUGUGUAUCAUCUCAACCGCCAUCGCCUGUCCCACUCUGAUGAAAAGCCCUUCUCCUGUCCCAUCUGCCAGCAGCGCUUUAAGAGGAAAGAUCGCAUGAGCCACCAUGUGCGCUCACAUCAAGGUGGUGUUGAAAAACCUUAUGUCUGCCCUCAAUGCAGCAAAGCGUUCUCCAGGCCUGACCACCUCAACAGUCAUGUCCGGCAAGUGCAUUCAUCAGAACGGCCUUUCAAAUGCGCGACUUGUGAGUCAAGCUUUGCAACAAAGGAUCGCUUGCGUGCACACAUGAUUCGUCAUGAAGAGAAGGUGCCAUGUCACAUAUGUGGAAAACUCCUCUCUGCUGCCUACAUCACAGAUCACAUGAGAGUGCACAAUCAAUCUCAACACCACGUCUGCCACCUGUGCAACCGCAGCUUCACAACACUGACUUAUCUUCGUGUCCAUGCUCAAAAGCACCAUGGUCAGGAGUGGAAGGACAGUCCUGGGGGUUUUGGUGGGACAACCUCAAGUGGAGUACUUGUAUGCCACUUGUGUGGUGUCCACUGCAAGACACCUACCCAGCUUCAAGGGCACAUGGGCACCCACAACAGCAACCAGGCUGCCCCUGUCUCCAGUGUGGCCUCCAGCUCAGUGUCUCUCAGCAACAUGGUGACUGCCCACCCUGUGUAUGUUACUGGUGGCACUGUGGUUGAUCUGCUGGUCACAGACUGUUCAAGUAUUGCUGUACCUCAGUCACAGAGUUAGCAGAACCGAGCUCUAAGGCCUGUACUACAAAGCUGGCUUAACUUAUCCUGGAUAAGUUUCUUUUACCCAGAUAGACAAACACAGACAUUAGCAUCUCUGGAUAAGAGGUACUACAAUGCAGAUUUAUAACUCACUCUAUCAACCCGUGAUUUUCUGAAUGAAACCAUCUGCAUUUACAGAACAGGGUUUGGAGGAAGCGCCAGGUGAACAGUUAGAGCAAAACAGAAGGGGAGAGCUGCGUACUUCAUACAUGAAUAAUUGUCAGUAAUACUUGUCAAUCAUGAGGAAUUAAAAAAUAAAAUAUUGGUAUAAACAAUGGAUUUCUCUUUAUAAAUCUGUGCCCACUGAAUAAAAAAAAAAGAUGACAUCACCAAUGCAUUUCCUUAAGUUUCCGCACUCAUCUCUAUGCACUAAUUGGCCACUCAUUUGGCUCACAGCAGCUGGUUUCCCAUUUCUGAUUGGUUAAUGGGUCGUAUUAUCUUAUUUGGGAACUUAACCUAAUCUUUGGUAGUAGUGUAGUAGUACCUCUAAACCAGGGUUAAACCAGAAGUUACCUCACUCUCAAAUCCAGCUUCGUAGAACAGACCUCAGCAAUAUCAUCGCCUGUUCCUAAGCCGAUGAAGAGGUUGGAGAGUGUUGACCCAGUUAUAGUUUUAUGAUGUUCACUUUGGUAAUGUUUGGUUCACGCUUAAGGGAAAUUAAGAUGUUGUGAAGCAAAAUGAAAUUCAAGAUCAGCAAAAAAACAGGGCAGUAUAAAUAGGGUAGUUUGGCCAUGUUGCUCUGGGUAUUAUGGAAAUCAUUUAAAGAAACAUUUUAAACAGUUACAUUAACACUAACAACAACCUGAAUUUAUAGUAAUAGUAAUUAAGUGGUAAAUUUAAUCUUGAAUGUGUUUGUGUGAACAGAACAAACUUAGUAUAAUUAUGGUAUCAUGAUCACUGAGAAAACUGUUAUGCCUUCACCCCGAUGCGUGCAUAGGCUGCUUUCAGGUCCAGAAAGUACUGUAUUUUUUCAGGCUCUCUGGUCUUACCUCUAUUUUGCAGUUAAUUUACCCUUACAAAUGGUGAGUGAGUGGUAGAUUUAAUAGAAUUUAAAAUGAGAAAAGGGGUUCAUAGUGUAGGUUAAUAUAACCUGACUAUUGCUUCUGAAUGGGCUGUUUUUGUAAGGCAAGAGACUUGAAUAGCCACUGGUCUUUAUGCAUUGUGGGAUGUACAUUUAUUUUUUAAAGGUACAGAGAUAUUUGAAGGUUGUUUCAGGGGAUUUAAGCACCUUAAAAAUUAUAUUGUUUUAUUCAGCACAGAUUAGAAAACUAAACAAAUCUGUUGAUCCUGUGUUUUUUGCUCUGAGUCUUCCUCUCUAGAUCUGGCCAUUAAAAAUAAAUUUCUUUUUAUCAGCCCUUUUAGUUCUGACAUGGCAGCCUUGGCACCUGAAACUACCUUUGCAUGCAAACAAGCUAACACAGCCAUGCCACUUAUUAUGGGAAAAAAAAGCUGUCAUGACAAAAAUUGUGUUUUUAUGUACUUAAAAAUGGCAGUUGUUAAGUUGAUUGUGCUUGUUGUUGCCAUAGUCUUUUUUUUUUUUUUUUUCUCCCUGUGUACCUGUCAAAUAAUUACAAUUAUGCAUUAGAAUUGGUAUUACGCCCUUUAUAUAGGGUGUUCUCUUUUAAAUGUUUUUAAUCAUGUGAUAAUUUUUCACAUUUUAUGUUUUGUAUUGGGUUUUCCUGUGAGUUUGUUGUCAGAGAGACAUAAAACGGUAGUACUGAGUUAAGAAGGCACCGUAUUGAUAACAAACCCUGGUUUUGUACUGGAGUGCAUUUAUUUAGCUGUGUUCAUGUUUUGUUUUUUUAUUUGCAGAGUUGUUGCUUUCUUUAAAUUUCUUAUAUCUUCCCUGUUAGAUUUGUUGUAUUUUGAUUAACAGUCGUAUAGUAAUACUAUAUUAGGUUUGUAUCAAGAAAAAUAAUACCUCUUUGAUUCUGUACAGCUAUCGCAAAACAUCUUUCUGCCUUAUUGUAAUCUGCAACAUUUGAAUUUGUUAAUGAAAGAUCAACUUAGUCAUGAAUUCAUUAAGAAUAUCAAUGGGAUGUACUGUAUUUAUAUUUAUAUUUUUAUAUUUCUCAACAGUAUGCAUGUCUAAAGGGUAUAGUUAGAGAAAAAAAUGCAACAAUUAAAAUAGUCAUAUAUUACUUUGUAGAUGAAGUAGAUCUUAUGUUAUUUUGUAAUUUGGACAGUUUAAAGUAAAACAAAGAAAUGGCCAA